AUGCGGGUCAGUGAAGUUCCAAUGUCAGAAAGCCAUGCCUCUUCUGUUGGUCUUUCAGGCAAAUUGAAGGAACUUAAUGGCAGUGCAGCUGAAGAACAUAAGCUUACAGAAGAUGACUUGAUAAUCCUGGAAAAGUUGUUGUCUGCAACAUGCAACAGCUCUGCAGAAACGCCUACAGCACAGCAACUUCAGACUUUAUGGAGAGCAGUUAACUGGCCAGAAGAUAUUGUCUUUCCAGCCCUAGACAUUCUUAGAUUGUCUGUCAGGCAUCCUGUUGUGAAUGAGAACUUCUGCAGUGAAAACGAUCACGUACAACUUACCGUCCUUCUUCUUAAAUUUCUGAACCCUAAAGGAAAGCAAGCAAACCAACUGUUGGCACUUAGAGCUCUUUGCAAUUGUUUUGUCAGCCAGGCAGGCCAGAAGCUCAUGAUGAAACAAAGAGAUGAAAUAAUGACACAAGCAAUAGAAAUGAAAUCAGGUGAUAAUAAGAACAUCCACAUUGCGCUUGCCACGCUGACGCUGAACUAUGCCGUGUGUUUGCAUAAAGUCAACAACAUCGAGGGCAAAGCUCAGUGUUUAUCAGUAAUCAGCACAGUUAUGGAAGUUGUUCAAGAUCUUGAAGCCAUUUUUAGACUGCUUGUGGCUCUUGGGACGCUAAUCAGUGAUGAUACAAAUGCUGUGCAAUUAGCUAAGUCUCUCGGAGUUGACUCUCAAAUAAAAAAGUAUGCCUCUGUAUCAGAACCGGCUAAAGUAAAGGAAUGCUGUAGGUUUGUUCUGAACUUGCUGUAA